AUGAAGCAAAAGAAACGACGAGAAGACGAAGAAGACGAAGAAGAAGAAGAAACAAGACAAGAACCAAGCCUGCUUUUUCUUCUGCGCUGCUGCUUCACUGCCAGCCAGUCUUUCGCUGCUGUGGCGAUGGGGAUAAUAAAUAAAGGAAGCUAUUAUUAUGAGAUUAUUAUAAUAGAGGGACUCAAGAAGACGGUGGACCAGCCAGCGCCUUUUCGACUCUUUUUUCCUCCUUGGCCGUUUAAAGAGCGUUCUUCGUCUUCAUCACCAACUUCAUCAUCUUCUUCGUCUCCUCUUCUCCUGGUAUCCAUCGUCUUACUCGCUGUCCGUAACUCUCCAAGUGCUCUGCAUGGUUUCUUUUCUUCUUCCCGCCCGAAGCUCGACCGACCGACCAACCAACGUCGACCUGCGCCAACCGCCCCCGGACCGCAACCCAGACUCCCGACUUCAUCCCUUCUCCAAGCCUUCAGCUUUGACUACAACACUCUCACGCACGCAGAGAAGAAUCAUGCAGACGAUGGGGGAUCUGUUUCGUCAGGACGUAGCGGGAGGCGGCCAGGGGUGGGCACCGGUUGGCUGUCGGCUUCUGCUGGCUUUGAAACAGGAGACGCAGCCAGGAUGCAGCUAACCGCCCGCUUUUUCUUGUGUCUUACUUGUCGCGAUGCCAUUAUUCUUGUUGUUGCCCAUACGACCGCGGUUUUGCUCUUCAUCUGGCCCGGCUGGAUGGGAGUCUGUACCUCUGUACCGCCGUGGCCAAGCCUGGUGCAACGCGGGACUGCUCCUUUCUGUGGGCUUGCCGGGAUGUGUGCACACGAUGAAGAUACCAGAGAUACCAUAACUACAUACAGCUGA